GGAAGGUAAACAGCAGGACCACGCGUCACUUCCGGACCUGCACCAACAUGGCGGCCCCCGGCAGCGGCGGUGCCUGUAAACGCCUGGUGCAGUAUGUGGUGGUGCGGGCGGAUCUGCUGCGCGGCUUGUCGUGGCCGCUGGGAGCGGUGAUCACGCAGGCCUGUCACGCCGCCACCGCCGCCAUCCACGUGACCUACAGCGACCCGGACACGCAGGAAUACCUGGCUGAGCUGGACAGCAUGCACAAAGUGGUGCUGCAGGCGGCAGAUGAAGCGAGUCUGACUCAUUUAUCCACGACGCUCAGUGAAAACGGCAUCGUGCACAAGCUGUGGGUGGAGCAGCCGGAGAACAUUCCCACUUGCCUGGCCUUGAAGCCUUACCCGAAAGAGACUGUACAGCAUUUUCUUAAAAAGUUCAAGCUUUUCAAAUGAGUGGAAGAGACACAAUAUCUCUGCUUCGUUUCUUUACACAUGUACGCUUGGGUUUCACUGUGUGAACAGAACAUCACUGAAAAUUAAUAAAAACUAAUUAAUGUCA